UCACACAAAAAUAGAUAAACAAAAAUCAAGUCAAACAACAAUUGAUUCAAUUAUUUAAAGCAAUUACUUAAAUGAGGUCACAAUAAACAGGAUUUACUGUAUGUCUAACUGUGCGACACUUGAGUUAGACAUCCAGUUCUGGAGAUCACGUGAUGUCUGAUUUUCGAGACAACGAUGGAUAGCAUAGACACAACUGUCCAUCAAUGAUGUGCUAAUCAUAUAGUGGGGUAAAUGUGGGGUAAAUGUGGGGUAAAUGUGGGUUAACUCAGUGUGUAUUGACUAUUGUAUGACUUUUAGGGACCAAUUGAUGACUGAUAUUAUGGUCUCUAUUGAUGUGUUGUCUCGUCUGAAAUGGUCAGCCAUUCUCUGUCUGUUUGAGACAACAAUUGAUGUCUUUUUGAUUUUCAUGAGUUGUUUCUAACACAACAUGACAUCACUUACCACUCAAUUAUAUGUCUUGUGUCUCAACAACUGAUCCAUUGGUGACACUAUUAACACAAUGAUUGCAAUUAACGUAAAAGUGUUGAUCACUUGAGUUGUCUAAUGAACUAAUGAUUUGAAAAUUGAUUGUUUGAAUCACUCAUUGUUUAUACAAUUUAGACAAAAGCCAUGUUUUAUACACAAAUGAAAUCUAUUUUGUUUAACAAAUCAAUUGUUUUAUUAUUAUUACUCUCUAUUUGUUUGACCAAACAUUUAGCUAAUGGUUUGAAAUGUCACUGCGAUAUCUGUCCUCCGGAGUCAAACCACACGUGCGAUACGGACGGUCUGUGUUUCGCCUCGACAUCCAUUGAUGAUAAGGGAGUCAUAUCACACUCAUACAGAUGUCUGGACAAAGACAAGAUCUUUCCCCCCGAAAACCCCUUAUGGUGUAAAUCAGAAAUAUAUUUUCCUAAAUCAGUUCACCAUUGCUGUCAACACAGAGAUUUCUGUAAUAAAUAUCUUCGUCCGACUCUACCACCAGUCACUCAACCUCCCUCAGUCGAGUCUGACCGCGACAGGAGUGCAAUAGAAAAGGCACUUAUGAUUGCAACGCCUGUAUGUCUCUUAUGUUUAAUAAUAUUAAUUGGAUUUACUAUUUGGCAAAGAAGACAACUUAGGCAACCAUUUCCUAUUGAUGUUGAAGGAAGUGUCACCAGUAGAGAUCCGUUAUUACCGCCACAUUUAGCCGGACAAACACUUAAAGAUCUUUUAGAUAACACAACUUCAGGAUCGGGAUCAGGUCUACCACUUCUGGUUCAAAGGAGUAUUGCCCGUCAAAUACAAUUAAUUGAGAUCAUAGGAAAAGGACGUUUUGGUGAAGUAUGGAAAGGCAGGUGGAGGGGGGAAUCGGUAGCCGUUAAAAUAUUUUCAUCUCGUGAUGAGCGGUCCUGGUUUAGGGAAGUGGAGAUUUAUCAAACAGUUAUGUUAAGAAAUGAGAAUAUUCUUGGAUUUAUUGCUGCAGACAAUAAAGGUUUGAUAAAAUUGAUAAAAAAAAUUACAUAUGAUUUGUUAACACUACUAUUGACAUCAGAUAACGGCACGUGGACUCAGCUUUGGUUAAUUACUGAUUUUCAUGAAAACGGGUCUCUUUUUGACUACUUGAGCAAAAUGACUGUUGAUACUGCAGGUAUGUGUAAAAUGGCCGCAUCCAUAGCCAAUGGGUUGGCACACUUGCAUAUGGAGAUAUGUGGUACACAGGGAAAGCCUGCAAUAGCUCACAGAGAUUUAAAGUCAAAAAAUAUUCUGGUCAAGUCUAACGGCACCUGUGCUAUAGCUGAUCUUGGACUAGCUGUUCGUUAUGACUCAUCGACUAACUCUGUGGACAUUCCUCCCAAUCCCAGAGUUGGAACAAAACGAUAUUUAGCACCAGAAGUCUUAGACGAAACAAUUAAUUUAAUUCAUUUCGAUUCAUUCAAAAGAGCUGACAUUUAUUCAUUUGGUUUAUGCAUUUGGGAAAUUGCUCGACGAUGUAAUGUUGGAGGUAUUCACGAAGAAUAUCAAUUACCAUACUAUGAUAUGGUCCCAUCUGAUCCAACCAUUGAAGAAAUGCGUAAAGUUGUCUGUACUGACAGACAAAGACCUCAGAUACCGAAUAGAUGGCAAUCUUGUGAAGCAUUGCGAAUAAUGUCCAAAAUAAUGAAGGAAUGUUGGUAUCAUAAUGCGGCCGCAAGACUAACUGCGCUCAGAAUCAAGAAAACGAUUGCGAAUUUAGGAGCUCUGGAGGACUUAAAGUUAUAAAUAGACAUAAUUUAUAAAUAAUAGAUAAAUAUUUUCAUUUUAAAUGAAACAAUUUUUAAUUGAUUUUGUUUUUAAAUCUAUAAACACUCAUUCAUUCAUAACUUUUAAAGUUAUAUAUUGUCGAUAAACCAUCAUUUCAUAUAUACGU